AAGUUGGUCACUGCGGUUGGUAGUUUUGUCGAAUAAUAGUAGAGCAAUUUUUAGACUGGCUUUCGUCAAGCGUGUACAUAAAUAUAAAGCAGAAUUUUAAAGUUUACACUAUUUUUAUAGUGAUAAUUGUCUAGAAUUUAGUGUUUGCGAUAUUUUUAUUAUUAAACAAAAUGCUUAUCGACGACGCCGAUGCGUUUAAGACGUGGCUAACAGCUGUACUCAAACCCAUUUGCGAGGCCGAUCCGGGCGCCCUGGCGAAGUACGUCUUCGCGCUGGUCAAGAAAGAUAAGAGUCCGGAGGCGCUGCGACAAAGCAUGAUCAGUCAAUUGGAGGUGUUUUUACAACACGAAACCGAACCGUUCGUUAAUUUACUAUUCAAGACGUUGGAAAGUCGUGAUUACCUAACACCAGUGAUACCAAGUACAAAUCCGCCAAAUCCGAAUAUAAUCAAACCGCCCGAGGUGACGCCGCUGUCGCCGAAAUCGAAGGAACUCAAAAAGGAAAUUAUACCAGUUAGCGAAUUGCCAAAUCUUAGCGAGUCGGUUAACGGAAACGCGAUUGUCAAAAAGGACGAGGUGAAACGCGAUGCUCGUAAAAGCGAAUCCGAAAAAGAAGAUAAGCCGAGGAAACGUUCGCGUCACAGGUCACUGUCACGAAAUCGCUCGCGCUCUCGUUCGUGGGAUCGCAAUCGUCGAUCGCGUUCGAGGGAAAAAUCCCGCGAACCGUACCGAGAGAAACGCACCGAUCGACCUCGUCCCUAUCGAAACAAGUCGCCGCCGAGGAGAUACGAUCGCAGGAGGUCGAGAUCGCCCACGCCUACCGGUACCGGUCGCGCGAGGUCGCGUUCGCGCAGUCCCAGACACAACUACAGAGGUCGCUAUCGCAAUCGUUCGCCGCCACGUUCGAACAGUCGCAGUAGGUCUCGUUCCGCCGACAGAAAAGAUCGUAAGGAAAAUUUAAAGUUGGAUAAAGAGCUAAAAGAUAAUCGUUCAGGUGCGGGAACUCCAACUCAAGAUUCCAAUCACGGCGAUUUAGAUUUGCGGUUAACGAAUUCGACCCAAAGCAUUCAGUCGGUUAUUCAUAAUUCGACGGGAAAUCGCAGCCCGAAGAAGCGAUGCAGGGAUUACGACGAGAAAGGUUUCUGUAUGCGCGGCGAAAUGUGCCCGUACGACCACGGCGUCGAUCCGGUCGUCCUGGAAGACACAGCUCUAACGCGCGUUCUGACUUUCGGCCCGAACGGCGCGCCGUUAAACGAGCCGCCGCCCCCGAUGAUACCGCCCCCGAUAAUCGGAGGUGCGGGACAUCCCAACAUGCAUCACAUCCCCCCGCGUCCACUAAUGCCCGAGUACAAUCCGCAGGCUCCGCACAUGUGGCCUAGGGGCGGCUUUCGUGGUCCCAGAGCAAUGUUGGGUCCGCGUCUACCCCACAUGGGCCCUUUCAUGCCCCAGUCAGGCUUACAGCGGGAAUUGAUUUCUGUACCGGUAAUGGAUAACCAACAGCCAGAAUUUGGUAAUAAUUUUUCACGUCAUCAGUAUAUGCCGCCCGAUAUCGAGCAGCAAGAGGGCAUCUUCAAGAAGAAACAGUUCGAUUACAAUCGUUUAGGGCCACGCGCGAAAAAUCCAUCCAAUUGCUCGUUGGAAUUGAAAAAGGUCCCGACCGGCUUAAAUAACAUCGCCCAUCUUAAUAAUCACUUCUCUAAAUUCGGCAAAAUCGUUAACAUCCAGGUCUUUUACGAGGGCGAUCCCGAAGCGGCCAUCGUCACGUUUUCUAGUCACGCCGAGGCGAAUGCCGCGUACAGGAGCACGGAGGCGGUGCUAAAUAAUAGGUUCAUUAAGGUCUUCUGGCAUCCGACGAAUGGCGAUGGUAAACAAGAGAAUGUUCCACCACGCUCCGUCAAAGAUCGAUUGGGCGUACCGAACACAGUACCUCCAAACUCUAAUAAAGUCUUAAAUUUAGUUCAACCGAAAGCCGACAAUGCAACCGACGAACCAGUAACGGACAAGGCGCAGCCGCACAACAAUUUCACGAAAAACAAUUUACCCGUCCUGAACAAAGAGGAGACAAAAGUACAGGCCGCGGCCGCCAUAAAGAAGGGACAGGAACUGCUCGCCGCCAAAGAGAAACUUAAGAAAAAUCAGGAGGAGAAACGAAAGGAGGCGCUGAAAAUCACGCAGGACUUGCGCAAGCGCAAACAGGAGUUGCUGGAAAAGCAGCUGGCGCAGCAGAAGCUGCUCAUCGACAAAGUGGAGAAAACACCAGCAGGUCCGCAAAGGGAUCUUCUGCUACAGACGAUAAAGAAAUCGCAGGAGGCGACGGAAGCAAUACGUAAAGACAUGCUGUCGCAGCCGCUACCCGCUGUGAAACUACCGCAACGCAAGAGCAAAGAAGAAGUUCAGAAGGAGGUGUUGGACGCAGAGCUCGAUUUAAUCACGAAAGCGGCCGAAGGCGCCGACACCUCCGAGCUGCAGAAGAAGGUGAUCGAAUUGAAGGCGAAAAUAAGCCUGGGCGCGAGACGGGCGAGUCGCGGUCGCCGCUUCAAUCCGAUCGGCCGACAUUUACUGACGAAGAAUAACCUGAUUGAUAGCGCGAAGUCGCCGACGGGCACUCGCAAGCAGCUUGCCUUUCCCAAGCACGCCGUCGAUCAUCGCACGACCAAAAUUCUCGUGUCCGGGUACGAGGGCGACGAGCAGGAGAGCGUUCUCGCGCAAUUUACCGGUUUCGGGGAGAUAGUCGACUACGUCAGCGAUCCGGUCACGCCUAGUAUAGUUUUUAAUUACAAGACGAGAAAAGACGCUGAAACGGCUCUGUUGAAGGGAAAAAAUUUUCAAGAUCGUACCUUAUCAAUCACCUGGUGUAAUAAUUCACAGUUAAAUAACCAGCUGAGCGGUAGGACGUCGACCCGAACCGUUUUAGUUAGCGAAUCGGAUGAGGAUCAUCUGAUCGAUUCUAAUCUUAUAGAAUUUGAUGGAAGCGAGCUUGACCCCAGCUUAUCGGAGGAGGCUCUCCUUCACGACGACGAAGAGGAGGACGAAGACAACGAAGGUCGUUCGUGGAGGCGAUAGCUUUCGAAGGAGACGAUAAUUGUUUUUAAAGAAUUUUACACAUUUGUAUAUUCACUCUAGUAGCUGAUAGUAAUACGUUACAAAUAACUGGAAGAUGUUUGUAUAUACCGAUAAGAGAUUUAUUUAGUUUGCCUUCAGUUCAUUUCAUAAUCACUCGUAAUGUUUUUUUUUUCUUUUUGGGUAACCGUAUGAUAAUUUUUAAUUGUUUUUUUUUCUCCUAGCACACUUGCUUAAAUAAUCGUUUAAUUUUAGGUAUGCAUUCGCUUUGUGAACUGUGUAUUUGCGAGCGAUCGCAAAUGCGUGGGGUUUUUUUGUAAAUUUUCUGUAAAAGUUAGAGUUAAAAUGUGGUGUCCUAAAAGAAUAAGAAUGAGAAAAAAAGAAUGAGAACGAGAACAGUAGUUAAUUGUAAAAAAGAAAUAAUUUUAUUUAAUCGAUAAAAUAAUAUAAAAAAUGUAUAAAUGUAUGCAUUAUAUAAAAGAUAAGAGGACACACAAAAAAAUAUUAGGUUUUAAGAGAAAAAGAACCGUAACAAACGAUACCAGGCGAAGGGAAAGGUAAAAGGGUAUGUAUUCGUCCCAAUCAAUUUGAAAAGUGCACAAAUAAUUGGUUUUUAAUUUUCAGAAAUCUUUUCUAACAAAAAUAGAAGAAAAUGCGGAUGAAAGAACAUCAGCAUUGCCAAGCUGUGGCAAUUAAAUGAAGACUUCGAGAUGCAUUUUUGUAUUGAGGGUUAUUGUCAUAGACCUGUCAAUUCUGGUCAUUUGUAACCGCCGCGCUUGCAUGACCAG